UUUACAUUUAAGAAUUUCGACAUGGUAGUUGGAGUAUGUCAACGGAUUACAAUUUACAACUAGAAAACAUAGCUUUGCUGUCUCAUGAUGUUUCUUGGCCGGCCUUGACAUUACAGAUAUCUUACUUAAAGAGUAAGGAACUUCCCUUCACUUUGAAAAUUACAUUGAAUGGCCAGAGGUUCUUCUGAUUGCUGAAAAGAUGAGAACUUGGCACCUCGGAGUCUACUGUUCGGCCUUUUGCCUUCAUGCUGCUCUUCUUUACUUAUACUCCACCUCUACCGCCUUUGGAUUGACUAGGAGCUCUGAGACCGAUCGCCAAGCACUUGCCGAGUUCAAGAACAGCAUAACUGGUGACCCCCUUGGAGUUCUGAGCACGUGGAACGGAUCCAUCCCUAUCUGCCAAUGGCGAGGAGUUACUUGUGGGUCCCGGCACCGCAGAGUGACUGUCUUGAACCUUCGAUCGUUGGGACUGGCGGGGACGAUCUCCCGCCAUGUGGGAAACUUGAGCUUCUUGAGAGAGCUGCAUCUCGAGAACAACAGCUUCACUGGUGAAAUUCCCCCUGAGAUUGGCCGCCUCCGCAGGCUUGAGCUUCUAAGGGUAUUCAACAAUUCGAUCAGCGGUAAGAUCCCCAGUAACAUAUCACUUUGCUCGAAUCUCAGAUCCAUGAGUAUUGCUGGCAACCGGCUCGAAGGAGAAAUCCCCUUGCAGUUCGGGUCCUUGUCGAAGCUAAGGUUUCUCACGAUGACAAGGAACAACCUUACUGGUCCAAUCCCUUCAUCCUUCGGUAACUUGUCAUCCCUCGAAGUGCUAUCCUUAACUGAAAAUGCGUUCACACGUAUUCCUGAAACUCUAGGCCAAUUGACAAGGCUCACAUAUCUAGCCCUUGGAGGAAACAGAUUGUAUGGCACCAUCCCAAACUCGAUCUUCAAUAUUUCAUCCUUGACAUUGCUUAAUAUAGUGGGUAAUCAGAUGUACGGUUCUCUUCCUUCUGACACGUUCACGAAUCUCCAGAACAUUGAAUAUUUCGGUAUUGCCAUGAACCGAAUAACUGGGACUCUUCCUACAUCUAUAUCCAAUGCUUCAACUUUACAAAGACUUCAAAUAACUGAAAACAAGCUCAGUGGCAGAGUCCCAUCUUUGGCAAAGCUGAAUAAACUCCGGUAUUUUCAUGCUUCAUACAAUUUUCAUGGAACCGGUGCAGCAGGUGACUUGGACUUCUUGUGCGCUUUAACCAAUGCCUCUAACUUGGAGCAAGUGGCCAUUAAUGGCAACAAUCUUGGAGGAAUGCUACCACAAUGCAUCGGGAACUUCUCGUCAACUCUAAGAAUCUUGCUUCUGCACACGAACACCAUAACUGGAAGUAUUCCCUCUGGCAUAGGAAACCUCAGAGGCUUGGAGACCUUAGACUUAGGUCAGAACCGAAUUUUGAGCAGCAUCCCUCCCGCUAUUGGGAAUCUGGGAAAACUUGUGAUUCUGUUUUUAAAUGACAAUGAGCUCUCCGGGAGCUUGCCAUCCUCUAUUGGAAGUCUAAAGCAGUUAACUAGGUUGGACUUAACCAAUAACAAGCUUUGGGGUCAGAUACCAUCCAGUUUGGGCGAUUGCCAGAAUCUUAUUUCUUUGGGUCUUUCUGGUAACAGUCUUUCAGGGAUCAUACCCAUUCAGGUAUUCCAUCUUGGGUCCUUGUCCAUCUACCUGGACUUGUCGAGGAACCAGCUUAGCGGUUCACUCCCUAUGGAAGUCGGAAAUUUGAAGAACCUGGGGAUAUUGGAUGUCUCAGAGAACAGGCUGUCUCAGGGGAUUCCGGUCAGUCUUAGCAAGUGCAUGAGAUUGGAGAUCUUGAACCUGCAAGGCAACAACUUUAAUGGAAGCAUUCCUUCACUGAGUUCUCUAAGAGGCAUCGAGGAGCUAGAUCUUUCUCGUAAUAAUUUAUCCAAGGAAAUUCCAGAUUUUCUCGAGACCCUUGAGUUCUUGUGGAAAUUAAAUCUGUCUUACAACAAUCUCGAUGGCCCAGUGCCAACAAGUGGAGUUUUUAAGAACCUUAGCGCAUACUCAGUCCUCGGAAACAGUAAGCUCUGCGGGGGUUUGCCCGAAUUAAAUCUGCCCAGUUGCAGCAAUGAGAUAUCCAAGAAAGAAGACACAUCCAAGACAUGGAAAAUAGCAGUUUCUGCUGUUUCCAGGUUUCUAGGCAUAUGCAUUUGCCUCCUUGUUCUGUUCUCUUGCUGGAGAAGAAAGAAGAAGAUAGAAGUAGUUUCGCCAAAUCUCCUGGAAAAUUCCCUUCUGAAGUUAUCCUACCAGAGCCUCCUAAAAGCAACCGACGGGUUCUCACCAGCAAAUAGGAUCGGGAGGGGCAGUUUCGGUUCAGUCUACAAGGCACUUAUCGAGCCUGAUGGAAGAGUUGUCGCUGUUAAGGUUCUUGAUCUUGAGAAUGGCAGAGCUUCCAACAGUUUUGUAGCAGAGUGCGAAAUCUUACGGAAAAUCAGGCAUCGGAAUCUUGUCAGGCUACUCACUGCCUGCUCGAGUAUUGACAAUCAGGGGAAUGAUUUCAAGGCUCUCGUGUACGACUUCAUGGCCAAUGGGAGCCUCGACGGAUUGUUACAUCAGAAAACAAGUGAAAGUGACAGCACCAAUAGGGAAAGGAAAAAUAAAAAUUUGAAUAUUGUUCAGAGACUGAAAAUCGCAAUCGAUGUAGCUUCCGCCUUGGAGUAUCUUCAUCACCACUGUGAUAUGCCUAUUAUUCAUUGUGAUCUGAAGCAGAGCAAUGUUCUUCUUGAUGAAGAAAUGGUUGGCCAUAUUGGCGACUUUGGAUUGGCUGAGACCCUUUUGGAUAAUUCUAGCAAUGGCACAUCGAAUGAUAAGAAAUCUGUUGGAGUUCGAGGAACGAUCGGCUAUGCUGCUCCAGAGUAUGGAAUGGGGAGUGAGGUUUCAACAAGCGGUGAUGUUUACAGCUACGGCAUCCUUCUGUUGGAACUUUUCUCUGGGAUGAGUCCCACUGAUGAGAGAUUCACCGGGAGCUUCAAUCUCCGUAACUAUGUCGAGGCAGCCUUGCCAAACCAUGUGAUGGAAAUCACAGAUCCAGUGAUUCUCCCAGAAAUGGACGAUGAGUUGAUUUAUGAGAAACUCGACGGAAGGGAUGGCAAAUCAUGGGAUUUGAGAGUACAGGAAAGCUUGGUCUCGAUAUUCAGAAUUGGAGUCACCUGCUCAGUGGAAUCACCAAAAGACAGGAGAAGCAUCGGGGAAGUUGUGGUGGGGUUGCAUUCAGUCAGAGAGAAGCUUCUUCGAGACGGAAAACAUAGGUUAGGAAAGGGUGCAACUUCUUCUGUGAUGAAAAUCUAAGCUGUUUAGUAUUUGCGAUUGUACAUCCUUCCCAUGCAGUCCACGAUCACGUCUCAUACAGGGAAUGAGAUUGAAGGAAUGGAAUUGGAUUGCCAUGUAAAAGGAUUUGUUUUACACCAUGAUUCCAAUUUA